AGGUACAAAGCCACUGGUGAAGCAGCCAGUCCAGCAUUGAGUUGCCCCGCUCUAUAAAUCGCAGUUAAACCCACCCUGGCGGUGGACUGAGUCCAGGAAAACUGGAGGAAAAUUCUGGAUUUUAACGGGCAGAGAACCAUCAAAUUAAAUCGUCACAAGACUCGCCGCAAUUCAGCGCUAGAUUUGCACGAGUGUUGGACAGCUGCAGCCGACUUCAACUUCUUUGUCAGGUUCCGUAAAUAAUGGUCAACAAACUUGGACCCGAUAUUUAACCUUCAACCGUCUUCCGUUGCUCUGGGCUCAUCUGCACAUUUGCAAGAUGAAUUCGUUUAUUCUGUCAACAUUAAGCGUGUUAUACACAGCAGUUCAGUAAAUGACUUUGUGAGCUGGCUUCUGUGCAGUGACACCAACAUGUCACUUACCAUAAAGCUAGUUGUUAGGAAAUUAGUUUCUAUCCGCACGUCCUGAUAUGGAAUUGUGAGUAAAAUUGGGACACGCCCGCAAGCAAUAAUAGGCUCCCCAAGCUUUUUAGAAAUCCUGGCAACAGUGCAAUACUUCUCUGAUCCCCCUCCUGGGAUUGUGGUCUGUUCAAACAGAACUGUUGAGAAGACUUGUAGUGUAGCAAUCAAAAAGGACAACCUUUCGAACAGCUGCAACACCUCUGGCAACUCGAGUGAACCUUGUUUUCUGGAAGCGAUACUGUCUGGAGUUGAUGAAUGUCACUGUCCGUAUUGGUGUCCUCGCCAUAGCGGAUGUAAUAUUUGUUCCUCUUAAAAUUUAGAGUAUUUCAGAGGGACUCCUUGGAAGGUGACCAACAUAAACUAUUCUUAACAACUUGAAGCGCGUUUUUGUACCCAGUGGCACAGUGGACACUUGGACAAGGUAUCAAUUUCCUUGUCCGGGGUUUAUGCAAGCCAAGAGUAGGCUAUGGCAUCUUCAUGGGAAAACUGGAUUCGGCUACUAUGGAGACGGACUUUAGUUCCCUCUCUCCUCGUGCUUUGGGUCACCUGUCUCGGGACACACGGAGGAGAGGAAGAAGCUUUUAAUGCAGAGUCAUGGCUGCGGAUGUAUGGCUACCUACCUCAGGCCAGCAGACAGAUGUCCACCAUGCAGUCAGCUCACACCCUUUCCAAUGCCGUCAGCGACAUGCAGCGUUUCUACGGCCUGCAGGUCACCGGCGCGAUGGACCAUGGCACGGUGACAGCCAUGCGGAGGCCGCGCUGUGGAGUCCCAGACAAGUUUGGGGGUCAGAUCAAGACCAACGUUCGGCGGAAACGUUAUGCACUCACUGGCCACAAAUGGAACAAGAGCCACCUCACCUACAGUAUACAGAACUACACACCAAAGAUCGGGGAGUACAACUCAUAUGAGGCCAUCCGUAGGGCCUUCAAGGUGUGGCAGAAGGUGACCCCGCUGACCUUCGAUGAGAUCCCCUACCAGGAGAUCAAAUAUGGUCGCAGGAAGGAGCCUGACAUCAUGAUCUUCUUUGCCUCUGGUUUCCACGGAGACAGCUCACCCUUCGAUGGCGAGGGCGGGUUCCUGGCCCACGCCUACUUCCCUGGUCCUGGUAUGGGCGGUGAUACUCACUUUGACUCUGAUGAGCCGUGGACCAUCGGCAAUGGGAACUUGCAAGGUAAUGAUCUGUUCCUUGUUGCUGUACAUGAGCUGGGCCAUGCCCUGGGCCUGGAACACUCCAACAACCCAAUGGCCAUCAUGGCUCCUUUCUACCAGUGGAUGGAAACGGACGACUUUCAACUGCCCGAGGAUGACCUCAGAGGAAUACAACAGAUAUAUGGUCAGCCAGAGGGUACACCCACCCAGGCUCUUCCCACUGUCACUCCUCGCCGGCCAGCCCAGCCAGACCCCAAACCCCCCAACUCUCCCCCCAAGUCACCCCCCAACUCUCCACCCAACUCUCCCCCCAAGUCACCACCCAACUCUCCUCCCAACACUCCGCCCAGAUCUCCCCCUAACUCUCCCCCCAACGCCCCACCCCGGAAGCCAGACAAUCCCCACACGACUGACCGCCCGGAUCACUACGGCCCAAACAUCUGUGAAGGAAACUUCGACGCGGUCACCAUGCUCAGGGGAGAGAUGUUUGUGUUCAAGGGUCGCUGGUUCUGGAGGGUGCGGAGGAACAGGGUGCUGGACAACUACCCAAUGCCCAUUGGUCACUUCUGGAGGGGACUGCCUGGGGACAUCGAUGCAGCCUACGAGAGACACGAUGGGAAAUUUGUCUUCUUUAAAGGGAAUAAGUACUGGCUGUUCAGGGAGGCAAACCUGGAGCCUGGUUACCCCCAGGAGCUGACAGACUACGGCAGGGACAUCCCCUAUGACAAGAUAGAGACAGCCAUCUGGUGGGAACCAUCAGGUUUCACAUACUUCUUCAAAGGAGACUGGUACUGGCGCUUUAAUGAACAGUCCCGUGCAGUCGACAAGGACUACCCCAAGCCAAUCAGUGUGUGGGGCUCUGCGGUCCCGUCCUCUCCCAAGGGGGCUUUCCUCAGCGAUGAUGGAGCUUAUACAUAUUUCUACAAGGGAUCCAAAUACUGGAAGUUUGACAACCACCGGAUGAAGAGUGAGCCGGGCUACCCUAAAUCCAUCCUGAGGGACUUCAUGGGCUGCAGUGUGGACCUGGACCCAGACAGAGACGGGGACACCGACGCAGGCCGCAAGGUCCCCGACGUGGAUCGCCCGCCCUUCAACCCUGACGCAGGCCGGGACAAAGACAAGGAGAAGGACAAGGAGCGGGACAAGGAUCAAGACCGCACCAACGAUGUAGACUAUAAGGACGAGAGAGAAGAGGAGACCAACGAGGUGGACGUGGUGCUGAAGAUCGACGAGAGCGAGACACGCACUAUGAACAUCAUCAUGGUGACAGUACCCCUGGUCCUGGUGCUGUGCAUCCUGGGACUGAUCUACGCCAUCAUCAACACACUGAAGAGGAAAGGAGCUCCCAAACUGCUGGUCCACUGCAAACGCUCCAUGCAGGACUGGGUGUGACCUCUGACCCACUUAAUAACCCCCCCACCUGAAUCCUAUCCUCGUUCCUCCAUCUUCUCAUCCAAAACAUGAUAGUAGAGACAUAAGUGCAAAUACGUACACACAUAUGCAUACACACACUCACACACACAGCAAACAUAAACACAUACUCCUAACUCGUCCCCCUCCCAUGGUGCUCUCCCCAAUGAGUUGUCUGUAGUCUAUUUAUAUCAGAAAGUUUGCACAUUGUUUUUUGUUUUUGUUUGGUUCAUAUUGUGUGUGAGUCUUUUUUCUUCUAAACCAGGAAGUGUCUGCAUUAUUCUCUCUCUCUCCGCCCCGUUACAGGGGGUUUCUCUGAGAAAACGUCCAUCUGGUUCUUGGAUUAACCUUUGAAAGGGAAACAGAGACAAAACAGAGCGAUAGAGAGAGACGGCAGUGCAGAAUGAAGGGAGUGAAGGAGGGUUGAUUCUGUGAAAAGCAGAGAGCCCCCCCCUUCCACUCCUCCUCCCUCCCAUCUCCUCCCUCACUCAGGACUCCUACUGCAGGUCAGGUAUCAACAGGAGAGAGAACAGUGUAAACAGUGUCACUUUUUGAACUGCAACUCACCCAAUGCUUUUUAUCACUACACCUUCCAUGUUGAACAGCCACUAACUGAACUUUUGGUUUUCUCAUCUGUUUUUAAUUCAAGGGCACCAUGGAUGAUAUUGGAAAUAUUGUCCAUACUUUAUAGACAACUUCCACAAACGUUUGGGUGAUUCAACCAAACAUGGUCCCGUGGUGCCUCUUUCAUUGCGAACCUUGUUUCGGUCCUAUUAAACCGUGGCAAUGAGAGUUUGAGUUGUUAUGAUAGGGAAGGGUUGGAAAAGAAAGGCGCUUCUUUCCCAAAAAAUGUAAGACAAAGGCAAUUCACUGUGAAAUGACUUUGUGUGGGACUUGGGGGAGCAGUUGAGGUACUGAGGAAGGAGAGAGACGGGGUAUUGAAUGAAUAUCAACUGGGCAAAAUCUGGUUGAAUCAAUGUUGUUUCCACAUCAUUUCAAUGUGAUGAUGUUGAAUCAAUGUGGAAAACUGAUUGGAUUUGCAAAAAGUUAUCAACGUAAGGGAAUCUAAUUUUCAAAUUUUCCCACCAAACUUUUAACCUAAAUCCAAUCCAGCUAGCACAUUGGGAACGAAGCCAUACGUUUUUUAAACGUUCUGAGAAUGGAAGUGAACAUUUUUAGGUUGCUGGGAGGUUGCGAGAACAUUUUACUAUGGUUCCCUGAAAGUUUUCCUGUGAGGUUUUGUUCAUGUUCUGAGAAUGGAAAUUAUAGGUUAUUUGAAGGUAAUUAAAUAAACUUCUGAGAAUAAUAGUUUUAAUACCACUGAUGGCUUAGGUUAACUGUUUUGAACUCCAAGCAGAUAGGACACAUGUUAAUUCAUCUUCUUAUGAUUAGGAACUUAUGAUCUUCUGCUCUCUAUCCAUGGAAUUAGUCCAUUGAUGCUGAGAACGGAGUGUAUAUGUUUUUAAAUAACAUUCUUAGAACGUUCUUUGAACAUAACUAAUGUUUUCUUGUGGUUUUUAUGGAACCUUUUCUUAAUGUUUCUGAGAACAUGACUUUAAAUAGAACCAUGAGAAAACCUGUUAGAAAAAGUCCUUCAGAAGUACCGAAAUUCUCACAGAAGAACUUUGUUUCGUUUCGUUCUCUGAUCGUUCUGAGAACAUGGCUUUAAAUAGAACUAUGAGGAAACCUAUAGGUAAUGUUAUGAUGCAGUACUGAAAUUCCAACCUAAGAAACAUGGUUCUCAGAACGUUGUGUGCUAGCUGGGUACCCCGCACCAUUCCCAGAACAUUGUGAGAAGAUUUUAUGCAAAAAUAACCAUAGGACAACAACGCUCUCACCAAGCUCUAAGAAACAUAUGAUUCUCAGAACAUUAUGUGCUAGCUGGGAAUGACAUGCUGAAAUGUUUUGUUGAUUUCAUGUUGAAUUGAAGUUAGUUGACAACUCAACCAAAAUUAAAUCAAAACUAGAGUUUGAAAUAACGUCUGUGCAUAAGAGAUUGACUAAUGCUUUUCAUCUGAGAAAUAUUUGGAACAAAUGAUACUUCAGCCUCCACUGAAAUGUAUUAAUAAAUAUAAUUCAAGUAAUGUACCACACAAUGAGCCCUCUCUCUGUAAUACCCUCUCCCCUAGAUUUAAAUAGAUUGGAGGGCCUCUCUCGCUCUCUCUCUCGCUGAGCUUGUUCGAGAGAGUUAGUCCUCUGAACAUACAGCUAAUCCUCUCAUUUAAAAACAGCAGGUGUUUUAAAAUAUUGUUCAACCCCAACCUCGAGUCUUAAGCCUUCUCUGUACCAAAGCAGGCUUCUUUUCAUUUUCUGAGAGGUCCAAACAGAGAAACAGACUUUACCAGAGAGGGAGAAGGGGGACAAGAGAGGGCGUGAGAGGCUAGAGAUCUACUAAAGGAGUUCAAACACAGAAACCUUAUCUGUUAAGUAUUUGGGAAGGCUUACGGUCUGUUCCUGGAUUGUGUUACCCAGAUGUUGGUGAUUGUUGACCAGAGGUCCCUUCCUACAGCUGAGUAGGGCAGUAGGAGGAGUGAGGGAGAGGAGCUCACUGGGGACCCUUAUUGGCACUGUGUCAUACUGUAUGACCCACAAUCACUAGCUCCAGAGAAGGAGCUGUGGAGUCUAUUCUGAUACCAAAGGGAAAUAGUAGCAUGCAGUGUAUGUGACCGCUUUAUUUCUGUGCAUAUUCCCUAUGCUCUUCUCUUCGACCACUAAGGCCCAUGUACAGUACACAUACGUCAAGUAGAUUUGCUAGCAGCCCUCUAAAGAUACUGAGAAAGGACUUGCUGUAAAGUAGAGAGAAGUCAUUUUAUACUCAGAUACCUGACAGGUUUCGCUGUUUACCAUCUGUCAAACAGUAGUAGUGUUGAGCAUGUCUGUCUGAGGCAUUGACGGGGGUAGGGGGGUGGGGUGUACAGAGGAUGCCGUGAGAUGCUCCCAUAAUACCACUGAGAUGGCGGAUGGCCAGUUAAAAGGGCUAUUAUAAAUAUUCUUGACAGCGGAAAGGAAUCACAGUCAUGAGACGUCCUGCGUGUGUCAGUGAUGGAUCCCGCUCGAUGGGGUUGCUAGGAGACCAACUCCGUCCCAUUGCCCUCUCAUUGUGCUGCGAGGUUGAGAGAGGAGUUAAUCAGAGGUAAAAGCCUUCCCUCUCUCUUCAACCCCCUGCCUCCCCCACCCGUCCCUAUCCACCCACCCAUCCUGUCCAAAUCAAUGGGAACUCACCAUCAGCAGGCCUAGAAGGUAUCUGGACACACUCAAAAAAUGCUCACUCAUUGUCUGAGACACAGUCCAUGUCUUACUCGCUCUCUCUUUAUCUGGGAUAGCUAGUAUCUUUGUGCCUGUAUGGAGUAGACUAUCUCUGCGAGUUCCAGGCCGUAGUGGCCUAUGUGGCUGUUUAUGUUCCUAGUAUGUCUAUCUCUUAGUGUGGAUUUAUUUUACAACUGUUUCCCAGUGUGUCUGAGACAUCUCCCCAAUAAGACACUGUAGUCCCCAACGAUGCCUGCCUAUGAACUAGCUCGAGCAGAUGCAACAGAAAUGUGGGAAAUUUCACAAAGGAUAUGCCUGCUUGAAGUAAACUAGAGCCUUUAAAAGAGCACUCUGGGAUUGAGUCCAAGACUGCUUAGUUUUGUUUAACUUUUUUUUUUCAUGCAAUGCAAAAUACAGCAAUGAAAAAUACAGUUAUGAAAUAUUAUGUCAGGGAAUGAUUGAGGUAUCAACACUCUGUGUGUAUGUGUUUUGUGUGAGUAUGUAUAUUUUCGAGUGCUAUUACUCUGUAGUCUCCUUAUAGCCUUAUAGUAAUAACUUCUUCCUCUCGCUCUCUCUCUGUUGAACACCACUCUACUCUUCUGUGCUGGUCUGGUCCUCUCUGAAGCCCGUCUCGGCCCAGCCUUGGCCCCAGGGGGACUGUAACAAUGGGCUCUCUCACAAAGUGCAGCAUUGUCCUCCAUGCUGUCAUUGCUCCAGCCCAGAAGGAAGGCAGGCUGAGCCCUAGGCCAGGAUCGGGAAGCUUCCUUUCUUCCUUCCUUCCUUCCUUCCUUCCUCCCACAAUCCCUCUCUCUCCCAACCCCACAGCUCUGUCCUGGUCAGGGAGGGAGCAGAGCAGCCAAGGCAGUCUGAUGUUUUAUAUCCAAGAUAGAGAGGAACACAGCAGCCUAUGUUCAUUCUAUAUAUUCCAUUAGUUGUUGUUUGUGGCCAGUGCAUUUCACAGGCAUCCUGUACAGUUGCUUCAUAUCAUGUCUCACAGUUAACCACUAGCUUGACAAAACUGUUUUGUUAUUCAUUGCAAACAACAACCACACAGGAUGCCAAACGGAUCUUUAUAGGGAGAAAGAGAGAUAUGUUAGAAAGAUGACAUGGAAGACAUGUCAACAGAAAGGGGUUCAGUUUGAUCCUUGCUUUCAAUUUCUCAGUCCUCUGUUAGAUGUUUGUCAGAUCCAGAGGUUGGUGGGAAGAUGAUCGAUGCGCUUUGACUGAGUCUUGAUGCCUCAGCUCCAGACACACUCGGUGGGUGUGCAUCCCUAUCCCAGAGCGCAUCUCACCUUACUCACUCAGCUGAGCCUGAUCAACUGAAACCACAUGCUAUUAACUCUCAACUGACAUACGGUAGACUGCUCCUCCCAGAUCCUUGGAGAACCAGGCAACUAAAAGCCUACCAGGCUAUGGCAGCGCAGCGUUACAUCUCGCAAAUGUUUUAAAAACGUUACAGAAAUGUUGUGUGAAAGUUACUACCCGGGCAAUGCUUCAGUGAGUUCGUUUUUAUUUUCAAACCUCACCACACCUAUUAACAUUGAUGGGAUGAAAAUACAAAGUUCAUUUGUCUGUAUGAUUAUCAUGAUUAUUUGUAAUAUUAAUUUAGAAUUUUUCUUUGAACUCCGUAUGAUUCUUUUUGUACUUUUAAUAACAUUCCGUAUGUGUUUUUAUUUUAUUUUGCUGUAGAAAGUGAAGAUUUUAUACAUUUGUGUUGUGUGUUCACCUCUUGUUGAGUGUGUUGACUAUCCAUGCUGGACAUGUACACAAUAAAAUGCUCUAAAAACAAAGAA